GUGGCUUUGCUGGUUGGAACAUGGCUUCAUAAUGUCAUAACAUCACAAAAAAACCCAGACCAUUGGCAGAUUUGACUUUCCCAACAACACAAACACAAUGCCAUGAUUGGGGAGAAAACUUCCAGAAUCACCAACAUCGGGGGAGUAAAGAAAGGCUGCACGGUGGCCAUGUGAGGGAUAACAUCUAGUUAUAAAGUUUUUAUGAUAUCAUCAUUCUGUUCAUUUGUGGAGAGGAGUACUGGGAUACGAUCAUCACUGACAGUCCUGUCCAAACCACAGAUAUCUGCCACACCCACUGAAUGUUUGGAGCCAUCUUUGAUGAUAAUCAGCAUCUCUUCAGACCGGCCAGCUAAGAUGCUACACUUGUCCUUUUUAAGCCAGUGUGAUACAGACAUGUCACCGACCCCAGAGCCCAGAGGAGUCAUGAAAAUCUGUACUGGGAAGGACAGCUGUGUCAUGGAGGAUAAGACAGGGCUCCCCGGGGCUGAUGAUGCCCUCGGGUGUGGAGACAAACCCCUAUCCUUCAUGACGCCUCCCAAGGGCAAAAAGCAGGUCACACUGUCUCUGGAGGCUGGUGGAGGUGAAGAUUAUCCAGACGAUGAUAUGGGGGAAUUUGAAAAUGAUGGAGAUGAAGCAUAUGAUGAUGUGUUUUUACCUGACGAUUACAGUGAACAGAUGGACAGUUAUGUUGGGUCAGAGGGAGAAUAUGACGAUGCUAGUACUGUCACUGUAGGCCAGCUUGAUCUGGAAGAGGAAGAAGAGGCCUGUACCCAUGAAAGGUCAUAUGCAUCAGGUUCAUUGCAAGGGGAGACAACUCCACAAUGGAACAACCAGCUUGAGUAUAUUUUGGCUUGUUCUGGGUUUAUGUCAGGACUUUACAGUGCUCUUAAAUUCCCAGAGUUAGCCAGAAUACAUGGUGGAGGUGUGUUCUUCGUGGCAUACCUGAUACUGGUGAUGGUUUGUGGUUUUCCGCUCCUGUACAUGGAAAUGAUCUUGGGACAGUACUCAAGGGGUGGUCCAAUCACAGCCUGGGACGUUGUACCGCUGUUUAGAGGCCUAGGUUUCAGUAUGAUUCUGGUGUCCGUCAUGGUCAGUGUGUACAACCAUGUGUCCCUCCUGUAUGCUCUGUACUACCUGGUUACCUCGCUGAUGUCUCUGCUGCCCUGGACAUGCUUAAACCCAACAGACCAAUGCUGGCCAUUCCUUGAUGUGAACCAGUCAAGCCAAGAUGAUGUAUACCAUGAAACCUACACUUCGCUCUCAUCACACAAUGUAUCCACCGUGCAGAGCUUCCCUUUGGACAGUAUCUCUGAUAAACAGCACCAGUAUUUCUAUGAUGAUGUCCUACACAUCUCCAGUGGUGUGGAGGCUCUUGGUGAGGUACAGUGGCCACUAGGGCUGUGUCUUGUUGGUGUCUGGACCCUUACCUUUGUCAUGACAAUUGCCGGACCAAGGUCAUUUGGCAAGGUGGUGUAUAUGACAUAUGGACUGUCAGUUGUUUUGUACUUAUCACUGUUGGCACGCUGCUGUCUGGAGGAGGGAGCCAUCACAGGCAUCCAGUUCUUUCUCAGCCUGCAAUGGAGUACGCUAGGUAAUCUCCAGCUGUGGACUGAUGUUGGCCAGUUGGUGUUUAUGUCGAUGGGGUUAGGGACAGGAUGCUGGACGACAUUGGCCAGCUAUACUCACUUCCACAGUCACUGCUUUAGGAACUCUGUGAUGGCCGUCCUUGCCCACCUGUUUGGAGUCAUCCUGACUGGUUUCACUAUGUUCUCCAUGCUGGGGGUGUAUAGUCACAUGGAACAGACAGACAUCCCUAGCCUCACCUUCUCCUCAUGGGAGCUUGCAUUCACCAUCUUCCCGUCCGUGCUAAACAAGAUGGAGGCCUCCAGGGUAUGGAUAGUGAUACUGUUUCUGUUACUGGUCCUGACUGGUCUCCACGCGCAGUGUGUGUAUGUACAGAAUGUGUUGUCGGGGUUACUGCUCGUACUCAAAAACAAGAAACUGUUCCGAUGGAAAUACUUACUACAGGGGGUGACCUGUGUCACCCUAAUGACGCUGGGAUUGCUAUUUACUUCACAGGCUGGCCUGUACCUGACCCAUCUAGUGACCAGUUGCGCGUGUCGACUUGAUCUGUUCCUGGUCUCUUUGGCUGAGUGUCUUGUCCUCACCUGGCUGUAUGGCACGCAACGGCUCUCAAACAAUGUGGCAGACAUGACGGGCAAUGUAGAUAGCCCCUGGUGGAAGAUCACCUGGCAAAUCUUCACACCACUAGCAAUACUGGCCAUUUUGGUGCUAACUAUAGUGAAUGACAGUCGACUGACCUACAAAACAUAUCUCUAUCCCGACUGGAUUACACCGAUUGGAUGGAUUUUCACCUUGAUUCUUGUGUCACCUGUUCCUAUAGAGAUGAUCAGGGUAUUCGCAAAGGGAUCUGACCCCUUUGUACGGAGAAUAAAAAGGUUGAAGGCCACACCUAUUGGAUGGGGACCAGGACCUUUGGCAAAUCAGGAGCCAGAUACAGACCUACCUGAAUAUGUCAUCUGUACUCCAGAUAUCUACAAACCUCACCAUGCUCUGGCUCUGUUAACAGCUAACCUCUACAUACCAAACCUGAGCAACCUAGUCACAGCUGUUGAGACUGAGGAUGCCGACAUGACCAACGGCUAUCUGUCAGAACUGACCACUCUGGACAGUGGUGAUAGCGAGGAGCCUGAGGAGGACAGCAAUUACCGUGGUAACUGGAGCAGUCGCCUUGACUUUGUUCUCUCCUGCCUGGGAUAUGUGGUCGGCCUUGGCAAUGUAUGGAGGUUUCCGUAUCUCGUCUACAAAAAUGGUGGAGGAGCAUUUUUCAUUCCUUAUGCAAUAAUGCUAGUGUUUUGUGGCGUGCCAUUGGUCUAUUUGGAACUGGCCUUUGGACAAUAUGCCAGUUUGGGGCCUAUCACCGUGUGGAAAGCUGUACCUCUUUUUAAAGGUAUUGGUAUAUCCAUGGUUUUGUCCUCUGCCAUUGUUUCCGUCUACUACAAUAUGGUGAACGCUUGGGCAUUCCACUUCCUGUUUGCGUCAAUGACGGGAGUGCUGCCCUGGCUUGGCUGUGAUAACUACUGGAACACCGAGGCAUGCAGUACAAAUCAGUACCGUGUGGACAAUUGUUCUUGGAUUAACCAGACUUAUUUUGAUCAAGAGAACUUCACUUUAAAUGACUCUUGUGUGUCUGUGGUAACAAACUGUAGCUACCAUGGAAACAACGAAACUCAGUUGAUGCAGAACUGCAUUGAAAGUCUGCAAGGCAUUUUGGGAAAAGACAUUUUAUUGGAUGAGCCAAAAUAUGAUGGCUCUCGUGCAAGUCCCACAGAGGAGUAUUUUUUUAACCGUGUUCUGGGCAUGGCAGGACAUUCUCUUGGUAACCUUGGUUAUAUCCAAUGGGAGCUGGCGUUGUGUCUGAUGUUAGCCUGGCUUAUUGUCUUUGUGUGUUUAGUAAAAGGAAUCAGAACUUCAGGAAAGGUUGCAUACUGUGUUGUCACAUUUCCCUACAUCAUUAUCUUCGCUCUCCUGAUACGAGCAUUCAUGAUGGAAGGCUACAUGCAAGGGAUCAAAUUUUAUGUCACACCAAAAUGGGAGCGGUUAAAAGAGCCAGGCGUAUGGGCAGAUGCUGCUGUCCAAGUUUUCUUUUCAUUAUCAGCUUGUAUGGGAGGCUUAACAACCUUAGCCAGCUACAAUAAAUUCCACAAUAAUAUUUACAGAAUAAAUUCUGUGAAGAAAAAAUGUGAAAUGAUGCUGAGAUGGAGGAAUUGUGAUGCAAUACUUGUUUGUUUGGGCGACACGUUGAUGAGUGUUCUAGCAGGAUUCUCCGUCUUUGCCAUGAUGGGCGUCCUCAGCAACGAACUCAACACGUCAGUCGAGAACGUCAUAGCCUCAGGUGUUGGACUGACAUUUAUCGUUAAUCCCGCAGCCAUGUCUUUCCUCCCCGCAGCCCCCCUCUGGUCCCUACUCUUCUUUCUCAUGAUUGUCAUGUUAGGAUUAAGUACACAAUUUGUCAACAUUGAGACGGUCAUCACUGCUAUCAUCGAUGAAAACAUCACAUUGUUACGGCGACGACGGGUCUUGGUUGUGUCCAUCGUGUGUGGGUUCUUGUUUCUAUUGGGACUUCCUCUCACCACACAGGGAGGAAUGUAUGUUCUGCAACUCAUGGAUGAAUAUGCAGCUGGCUUUCCCAUCCUAAUCAACGGCAUCUUUGUCUGUGUUGCCAUUGGCUGGGUGUACGGGGUGAAGCAGUUCUCUCGCGACAUCAAGCACAUGGUGGGAAGGAGUGUUAGCUAUUGGUGGCAGGCGAUGUGGUGUGUUAUGACGCCCCUUAUCAUUAUAUUUAUUCUCAUCUUCUCUGUGAUUGGUUACGAGCCACUGUCAAUCAAGUAUGAUACGGAUGCCUACCCUGAUUGGGCUGAGAUCUUGGGAUUCAUCAUCACACUUACCCCUGUCAUAGCCAUCCCUGUGUGUGGGUUAUUCCAGGUCAUUUCCAAGGAGGGAUCCCUGUUGCAGCGGCUACAGAAAAGCUGCCAUUCUGAGUCUAACUGGGGUCCUGCCUUGGAACGACACUGGAAGAAUAUAGAGUACUUCCCCACAGUGAAUACCCACACCAUCGCAGAGGACAUCGAACACUCUCUCCUCCACACAGUGUCUGAUAAUGUUGAUUUCACCACGGUUGGUGUUCGUGUACCAAGUCUAUCCCAAACAAGUCUGCUUCCUAAAUCUCUGUCCCCAAAGAAACCCCGCGAUAUGAGGGAGCGUGCAAUCCUAAACCACGCCUACAGUAAUCCGCAGUGUCAUCAAUCCACAGCUUCCAUAGAAAAAUCAUCACUAUCUUCCUCAUCCUCAUCCACAAGUAGUUGCCAUGGUGAUGAGAAGGUACCCAGUUCUAGUCUUCAUGAUGAAAAACUUCCUUCCUGCAGUCAUAAUGACAAUUUCUUCUUCGGCCCGGACAUCAUUGUGGUGCCACGUAACAAGACAAAAGUCCAGAUGUGCAAUGCAUCUACACAAACUGACCUGGCUCUGACCAGGAAACUUUCUUCUCAGAAACAUCCAACGACAUCAUCACGAAAAUCAUCGACAUCAUCCUUUUCUACACACUCAGCUAGUCACCACAGUAACAAUGACUCCCCAGCAGUACUCCAGGUGGAAGUCACACAGCUUUGACCUUGACCUUUGACAUUUAUUAAGAGAUGAACUUAUAACCCAGGAACAGAUCCUCACUUGCCAUUACAUGUCAGACUUAAAGUUUUGUGGCCUAUAGAGGCUUGCUGUAAUCUUGAACUUUGGUUUGAAAUACGGGUUACCUUGACCUUGUUAAAUGUUUUGUUAAAGUGCAAGGUCAGAGUUAAAAACCAAAUUUUGAACAAAGUAUUACAUGUGUGUGAUUACAGUGUUACAUGAUCAGUUCAAAUGUGUUUUAUGAGAUAUGUUGAAAUUUAAGUUCAUAACAUGACAUUUUUCCUGUUUCCAAUAGUUUUUAUUCAUGAUACAGUAAACUUGUAUAGCAUAAAUAUGUAAUGAAUGGAUAGAACAUCAGAAAAGUCCAUGUUUUUACUCUCCAUUACUUUAAAUAAUGAGUGAAUUUGUGCAUACCUGCUUUAUGCACCUUUGUAAAUUAGUCAGCACAGUUGAUAGCUAUAAACUGUAUAGGACUACCUGUUUACUACUUCACAACAGCUUGUUGGUAUGUCAGGACAGGAUUACUGGACCACUGGUAUUUGACUUGGCAAUAAAGAUGGUCCAGCUGGUAGUCAAACUUUUCCGUCUUUGCGUAUUGCAGAGUUAUCUUCUCUUGGGAGCAGGUAUUGAU